AUGGGAAGCAACGAAACUAAUAUAGAUCCAAAAGAAAUUAAAAAUACCACAAAUAAAAUGUUACCACAAGUUGAUGUAAAUCCAAAAGUGGUUAAAAAUACUGCGAUUUUAAUCAUGGGAUGCACCGGAGCUGGUAAAACUACGUUAGGAAAUUGGAUUAUAGAUGAAGAUUUAUUCGAAUCAGAUAAUAGGAUGGAUACAGUCGUCACUAAAGAAUGUCAAACUACCCCAAUUCGAAUUGAUGGUAGAGAAUUUGUUAUGAUCGACACUCCGGGUAUAUUCGAUGCAAAGAUUAAGGAUGAAGAACAACUAACAAAAAUUGGAAAAUAA